CUUGAAUUGAAGCUCGCGGUCGAUGUCAUUCCUUGUGCAUUCCACGACAACAACGACAUCGCGUCUAUUGUAUAUUAUCUAUUAUUAUGCGCAAUUACCUCUGACGCUCAAUAGUGUCGUGAAACACAGCUAUCAUGGAAGCGCUGUCGCGGCAGGAAUAUCCAGCCAUGCUGGAGCGGCUGCAACCUGCCGGUGCCGUUACGAAAUUCAAUGAACGCGUAAAGAGGAUAGGGAAGGUCAAUUCGGAGAUCGCAGAUUGGUUGCUCGAACGUCGCAAGGUCGAAGAGCUAUACGUGUCCGGUCUCAAGAAACUCGCGCGGAAGCCAUUGCAAGAAGUUGGCGGAGAAUUGGGCGUUUUUGAAUCACCAUGGCGAAGGAUUGUCCAGUCCACGGAGGAGAUCGCAAAAUCGCACGCAUUGCUAUCCGAUCGAAUAGACAAAGAUGUCGAACAGCCACUACGAAGUUUCUCAUCUACAAAUAGGGAGAUGCAAGGGAUAACGACAAUACAAGGAAACCUAUAUUCGAUGGCGAAAGAGUUAGAAGAUGCCCAGGAUAAGUCCGAAAAGUUGAACAAGAAGGGAGGCAAAGCCAAUGCCCAGAAAGUAGAAGUUGCUACCUCGAGACUUCAAACGGCUACUCAACAGUGGGAAUCGCAAGCACCAUUUAUCAUGGAGAACCUACAAGCACUGGACGAGCGACGGUUAAAUCAUCUUCGAGAUGUCCUCACUCAGUACGAGACUCACGAAGCGGACCUGGUUGAGCGGAACCGGAAAACGAUUGAAGAAACCUUGACUUCACUGCUGGAAAUUGAUACAAGUCAAGAGAUCCGAAAUUGGGCUGCAGCCAGUGUGUCAGGGUUGCCUAUCACAGAACGAAGGGCAAGACAAUUGUCGUCUGUUGGAACUGAGAACACUGGCAAUGCAAGCCUCCCUCCGCCGCCUAUGACUCCUAGAUCCACGCAUACAGAUAACCAGAGUGAGCACUCCCAGACAGCUCGACAAGACACCAUGGAAUCGAAAGAAGGGAAGGAGAAAGAGUCGAAACUAAAGAGCAGAUUUGGGACAAUGCUUGGACGGCGUCGGCAGAGUAUCCAUGGUGGCUUUGGACGUGCACCGUCACCAAAUAAAGGAUUUGUGCCUUUCGGUCGUGGAACAUCUAGCCGAGACGGGCGUCCAAGUCCAUCCCCUCGAACAUCUUCAAACAAUCUUCGAGAGUCUCCUCCUCGUGACAAUCGCCUAUCCUCCCUCGCAGAAUCUCCAACUGCCACCAGUCCAACGAAACAGACGAAUGGCACAGCACCCGACAGCCACGCAGGGUCAUCGUUUAUUGCGGAUUCUGUCGCUGGAAGAUCCUCUGCCAAUGGUCCUUCGGCAGCUGACAUCUUUGAUAUGUCAGAUGUGCAGCCGCCUCCAGGUCCACCGCCAUCUCAUUUGAAGGCAGUACCUGAGCUGCAGAAGGACUCUGAAGGGUUCAGUGUCCCAGCUCCCAUGAACGAUCCAAUAUCGCAAGCAGAAAGUGAUGCAGCAUUAGAGAACGACCAACCCCAAUUCAAGCUUGACAUUCGAAAAGAGCCAAUUCCAGAACAAGACGCUGAUGCUCAGGCAGCUUUGUCCAACGUCGCGAAUACCUUGAGGUCUGCUUCCAUACAAACACCCAAUCGCAAAGCGGGCACUGUUAGGGGCCGGAGAGAUGUACGGAAUACUAUGUACCUCCCAUCAGCUUCGAAUUCUCUUGACGUUGCGAGCCCAGACAGCAAUAUACCACCAUCUCCUGGAAUCACAGCAGGAAGGGCGGCAGCAUUAGCAGCAUUAUCAGAAAACCACGGGGCCCCAAGUGUUUCCGACACGACUUCAAUUCGUUCAGGGCAUUCUCUUACCAACCAUGCAACCAUGAAACAUGCGGACAUGCAUGAACCAGGACUCAAUGCCUCUAUAAUUGAGACUGUGAGUGCUUCGUUUGAAAACGGAGAGACAAAGUCAAUGAAGAUCAGUGGUGAAAUCGCAUUAAGUCACAACCCAUCUGAUGACUUGACACCUUCUUCGAUUGAGACAAUUAGGAUAGACAAUUUUCCAAAUCUGGAGGCUAUUGGGCCUAACAGGACUUUCAUUAACGCAGUAUCUGAGGAAAAGCCAGACGAAUUUGCGAUUGAUAUUUCUUCCCUUUCAUCAAAACCAUCAGCAGCCUUCACUUACCGAGUCCACAUUGAUGACGCGGACAUCACUACUCAUGGUCCUCUCUUUCUCAAAGUUGCUUGGAGAAAGCAAGGAGCCGAUAAAUUGGGUCUUGUUCUAGAGUACAGCCUCAAUCCAGCAUGUGGCACAGGGCCUAUUACUUUCAACAAUCUUGUUCUUGUUGCAAUGUACGAAGGCGCGCGUGCUUCUGCCUGCCAAACGAAGCCUACAGGUACUCACCUCAAGGAGAAAUCUCUUGUAUACUGGCGUCUUGGAGACGUGACCCUUACGAACGAAUGGCACAAGAUUAUCUGUCGAUUAGUGGGUACUGAGGGAGCCGUCCCUGAAGCAGGCCACAUCGAAGCGAGAUGGGAGAUCAACAGCCCCACAGCAUCAGGACUUGGUAGCGGGAUCAGCUUAUCGAGACUCGAAGCCUCGAAGGGCAAAGAUAAGGAAGAGGACGAUCCGUUCGCGGAUGAGACGAUGAGUCCAACUACCGUGUCACCGACAGGGACGUGGAAGGAGGUCGCCACGCAUAAGAAGUUCGUUAGUGGAAAGUAUGAGGCCAAGCAGGUAUAACUGAAUGCUUCCCUUGGAAUAUUAGUACGAAAGAGGGGAAAAUUGAGUUCAAGCUGUGUUUUCGUGGGGC